UUAUAACAUUUCCCUCUCAUUGUACAAAUGUACAACUAGCAUGAAGCCUUGCACGGCUCUUCUUCAUCCUCGUCUCAACAAGACUCAAAUGCAGGACAAAACAUUUAUUUUCUCCAUUUAUCUUCCCACGAAAGGAAAGAUUUCCAAUGGGUAAUUCUGAGAUAGUAUUGGCGAGGACAGACCGAUUAAUUCGCCGGAAGCUCGGAAUUGCUCUAUUUCCCCUUUUCGGCUUUCUGCUCCCCGUUUCCCGGGCCGGGCUCGGGAUGUCCAAACGGCGAAUUGUAAGGAGUAAUAUAGGUUUUCUGGUUAUCUGAAUCAACGCAAGGAAUUCGGUGUUUCUUUGAGGAUGAUGGCAAAAUUCGAACCUGGGAAGAAGAAUUGCGGAGAUCCUGGUAGCGGGAGGUUGUUGCAUGAGCUUGAAGUGCUGAGCAAAGCCCUUUAUCUCGAUAAAAACCCGCCAAAUGGUAUGGUUUCUGUCUCCGGUGGUCGUUCCAAAUCUGCCGGGAAAACCCAUGCCUCUGACAUAAAACUCAAAACUAGGUUUCUCAAGGAAGACUUGUCUCACAAGUACAUGGAUUCGUCGCAGAAGGACAAGAAGUCUUUAUGGGGUUGGAAGGCGUUGAAAGCCUUGUCCCACAUUCGUAGCCGUAGAUUCAAUUGCUGUUUCUCUCUACAAGUGCAUUCCAUCGAAGGGUUGCCGCCAAAUUUCAAUGGCGUCAGCCUCUGCGUUCGCUGGAAGAGGAAGGAGGGCGAGUUGCAGACCCGCUCGGCUAGGGUUUUGGAAGGAACGGCUGAAUUUGAAGAGAUCUUGACGUACUGUUGCCCCGUCUAUGGUAGCCGUAACGGACCUCACCAUUCUGCCAAGUAUGAAGCCAAGCAUUUCUUGCUAUAUGCUUCUGUGGAUGGUUCUCCUAACCUGGAUCUGGGGAAGCAUCGGAUUGAUCUUACCAGGUUGCUUCCUCUUACUUUAGAGGAAUUGGAGGAAGAGAAGAGCUCUGGCAAGUGGACGACUAGCUUCAAGCUCUCAGGAAAGGCCAAAGGUGCUGCUCUGAAUGUUAGUUUUGGGUUUUUAGUAAUAGGAGAUGGUCGGGUUGAGUCUACGGGUAACAGAAAUGCUCCUCAACCUUUGAACCUGAAACAGAAUAGAUUGAGUGCCACAAAACCUGUUAUUGAUUUGGAUCUUUGGGACAGCAAGGGCUUGCAUAGGCGAGCAGGAAGCCUUCCAUCUCGAUCUGUAGAGGAUGCGAAGAUUCUUCAUGAGGUCUUGCCAACUUCAAGGUCAGAGUUAUCCACUGCGGUGAGUUUGCUCUAUCAGAAGCCUGACGAAAGCAAAUUCAGCUCUCUGUUGGAUUCUAGGCCCAAAUUUAAAGUUUCCUCUGAAAAAGUUGAACCUCUGAAACCAAAUUCUGACUCUCCCUCUGAAUGUGCAAGAGGAGAUUGUGAAAAUUUAUGUGAAGAUCCUGAGUUUGCUGUGGUUGAGAAGGGGAUAGAAAUUUCUGAGAAGAAAGAAGUGAAACUCGAAUGUAGCACUGAGGAGGCUGUUGGUGAUUCUUCUGUUGAAACUAUCAAGGUCUCUGAUAUAAAUAAGGGUGAUGAGAUGUCCCCUGAAGAGGACAGCAAGACUAACCCCCAAGAUGAGGCCUAUGGUAAUUACAGAAAGGAGCUUUUGGUGAAUGACUUUGAUUCCAAAGAAAACAAUAUCUGCACAAAAGAGUCAGUAAUGGAGGAAUUAGAGCAGGCUUUUCAUAACCUGUCACUUUUGGAGUCAGAAGUAUUAGAUUCUCCCCGGACAAAAUGUGAAUCACCUGAGCAAGCAGAUUACACGGAGGCUAAAUUGAAUUAUAAAGCUAGUAAAAUGGGAAAGUCUCUGAGUUUGGAUGAUGCUACUGCAUCAGUUGCAAGUGAGUUCUUAAGCAUGCUUGGGAUUGAUCACAGUCCAUUUGGGUUAAGCUCUGACAGUGAUCCUGAAUCUCCAAGGGAACGACUUCUGAGGCAGUUUGAAAAGGACACUCUAGCUGGUGGCAACUACAUCUUUGAUUUUGAUUGUGGCAAGGAGUCAGGAUUUGGUUAUGAUGCCCUGACUGGUCCUGGGUGGGGGGAAUUUUCCGAGGGCUUUCAACGAACAUCAGUUGUUCAAGAUGCUGAGUCAGAGCAUCAUUGGGAAACAAAGGCAAUGGAGAAUAAAACAAGGGUAAAAAUGCUGGAAGACUUGGAAACAGAGGCUUUGAUGCGAGAGUGGGGCUUGAAUGAGAAGAUUUUUCAGAGUUCUCCACCUGACAACUCUGGUGGAUUUGGUAGUCCAAUCCAUCUACCGCCUGAAGAACUACUUGAGUUACCUCCUCUUGCCGAAGGGUUGGGUCCCUUUGUUCAAACGAAGGAUGGGGGAUUUUUGCGUUCUAUGAAUCCUUCACUCUUCAAGAAUGCUAAGAAUGGUGGGAGCUUGAUCAUGCAGGUCUCUAGUCCUGUUGUAGUGCCUGCUGAAAUGGGUUCUGGUAUAAUGGAGAUACUACAACGCUUGGCCUCCGUUGGAAUUGAAAAACUCUCUAUGCAGGCCAAUAAGUUGAUGCCUUUGGAAGAUAUUACUGGGAAGACGAUACAUCAAGUAGCAUGGGAAACUGCACCUUGUCUUGAGGCAUCUGAAAGACAGGUUUUGUUGCAGCAUGAAACAAUGGUAGGGCAAGAUACAAGUGGUGGAAGAAAGAAAUGUAAAACUAGGCACAGAUCUAAUAUCUUGAACUCAAGCUCCUUAAGGGGAGAGAUAGGCUCAGAGUAUGUCUCUUUGGAAGACCUUGCUCCUUUGGCAAUGGAUAAAAUUGAAGCUCUCUCAAUAGAAGGUUUAAGAAUACAAUCUGGCAUGUCUGAUGAGGAUGCACCAUCAAACAUUAGCCCUCAAUCAAUUGGGGAGAUCUCAGCCCUUGAAGGUAAGAGAGCCAAUACCAAUGGCUGUCUUGGUUUGGAGGGAGCUGCAGGGUUGCAGUUGUUAGACAUUAAAGACUGUGAAGAUGAUGUUGAUGGGUUAAUGGGGCUCUCAAUAACUUUAGAUGAGUGGAUGAGGCUCGAUGCUGGGUUAGUUGAUGAUGAAGACCAAAUUAGUGAGCGGACUUCAAAGAUACUUGCUGCUCAUCAUGCUAAGUGCACAGAYUUGAUUACUGGAGCACAAAAUGGAGACAAAAUACAUAGCAAGGGUUCUGGUAGAAGGUAUGGUUUGUUAGGCAAUAACUUUACUGUUGCACUGAUGGUGCAGCUUCGAGAUCCCUUGCGGAACUAUGAGCUGGUUGGUGCCCCAAUGCUUGCCCUAAUUCAAGUGGAGAGAGUUUUUGUCCCUCCAAAGCCCAGAAUAUACCACAUGGUUUCAGAAGAAAGAAGGAACAAUGAAGAAGAUGAUGAGCCUGAAUUACUGGUGAAGGAAGAGGAGAUAAAGGACAAGGCAUCAGAGAAAAAAGAUGAAGAGGAAGGCAUACCUCAGUUCAAAAUCACUGAAGUCCAUGUUGCAGGUCUGAAGACUGAGCCUGACAAGAAGAAACUCUGGGGUACCAAAACACAACAACAGUCUGGGUCCCGUUGGUUGCUUGCAAGUGGCAUGGGAAAGAGCAAUAAACACCCAUUUAUGAAAUCAAAGGCUGUUUCAAAAUCAUCUCCACAGAUGACAACAACAGUGCAGCCUGGAGACACCUUGUGGAGCAUCUCAUCACGUGUUCAUGGUACUGGAGCAAAAUGGAAAGAAUUGGCAGCGCUGAAUCCACAUAUAAGGAAUCCAAACAUUAUCUUUCCAAAUGAAACUAUUAGAUUACGAUGAAUUGAGCAUCCAAAUUUAAAAUCACCUGAAUGGGAUUGUUGUACCAAAUGCCCACCUGUUUAGGCAUUGUAAUCUGCUCCAAAUAAAUCUGGGUUGAGUUAUUGUGUAGGCUGCAGAACUGGGUCGAAAUGUAAAUGAAAUUCUUAGUGAAUGUAAGCAAGAUGGUUUUUGAUAGUAAACAAUAGUGAUGGUUUCUGUCCCUAGAGUAUUGCCUUGUAUUCAUUUCAACUUUUCAAGUAUGGUUAUUGGCUAAUGGUCAGCCAUGAAGCAAAAUAGCAGAUGUUCUUUUGCCCUUAA